CACAACACAAUGGAUUUAUAUACAAUUUUAAGACUUUUAACUGUAUUAAUGGCCUGUUUAGUUUUGACCAAAGCCGAGGCUAAACACAAACCUGGCCGGGGGAGAGGUUCCAUGUGGUGGGGCAUUGCCAAAGUUGGUGAACCAAAUAAUAUUUCACCGAUUAGUUCGGGCAUCAUGUAUGUUGAUCCCGCCAUACACACCACUUUGCGCCGGAAACAAAGACGUUUGGUGCGUGACAAUCCCGGUGUCUUAGGGGCUUUGGUUAAGGGAGCCAAUUUGGCCAUAAGCGAAUGUCAACAUCAGUUUAGAAAUCGUCGUUGGAAUUGUUCAACACGUAAUUUUCUAAGAGGCAAAAAUCUAUUUGGAAAAAUUGUGGACAGAGGUUGCCGUGAAACUGGUUUCAUUUACAGCAUAACCAGUGCUGCUGUUACCCAUUCUAUUGCCCGGGCCUGCAGUGAGGGUUCCAUAGAGUCCUGCACCUGUGACUACAGUCAUCAAUCUAGAUCUCCCCAGGCUAAUGCCCAGGCUGGCAGUGUGGCGGGCGUUAGAGACUGGGAAUGGGGUGGCUGUUCCGAUAAUAUUGGCUUUGGUUUCAAAUUCUCCCGCGAAUUCGUCGAUACUGGUGAACGUGGCCGCAAUUUGAGAGAAAAAAUGAAUUUGCACAACAACGAAGCUGGCAGAGCGCAUGUCCAAGCUGAAAUGCGUCAAGAAUGUAAAUGUCAUGGUAUGUCUGGUUCCUGCACCGUUAAAACCUGUUGGAUGCGUUUGGCCAAUUUCCGUGUUAUUGGCGAUAAUCUUAAGGAUCGUUUCGAUGGCGCCUCUCGUGUCAUGAUGAGCAAUAGUUUGCGUCCCAGCGGUAGUGCCAAUGCCGUUCCAGCUGCCAACAGUCCCAAUGCGGUGGGUUCAGCUGCGGUUAUUUCACCAAAUGCCGCCAGUCCCAAUGCCUACGAUGAGGAUAGAAUGCUAAAUGAUGAGCAUGUGGUGAAACAUCAUCCCAAUAUGCCCUCGCCCAAUAGUUUGCCCACAUCGAAUGCGGUGUCGCGUAACUCAGUGCGCGGCAGACAGAGACAAGGCAAAAAGAAUAAUAGAUAUUCCUUCCAAUUGAAACCCCACAAUCCCGAUCAUAAGCCACCCGGCACCAAAGACAUUGUCUACUUGGAACCCUCACCAUCAUUCUGUGAAAAGAACUUGCGUCUGGGCAUCCAAGGAACACAUGGACGCCAGUGCAACGAUACAUCGAUUGGUGUAGAUGGUUGUGAUCUGAUGUGCUGCGGCCGUGGCUAUCGCACCCAAGAGGUUGUGGUAGUCGAACGUUGUGCCUGCACAUUCCACUGGUGUUGUGAAGUCAAGUGUAAAUUGUGUCGAACGAAGAAAACGAUACACACGUGUCUGUAAGCAAGCC